AUGGUUGCGGCGGCGAGUCAUCAAGCCCUCUCGCAGCGACGCGCUCAGCUCGCUGGGCCGGCCGGUGUCAAGGGCCUGGUCUCCAAUCUUCGAACUCUAGCAAUCGCCGUCUUUGCAUCCCUCGGUGGCUUCGUCUAUGGAUACAAUCAAGGAAUGUUUGGCCAGAUCCUGAACAUGUCCUCUUUCUCCAACACGGUACACCCGGAAUCUAUCUCCGAUACGACGACCAGAGGACUUGUCACGGCCAUUCUAGAACUAGGAGCCUGGAUCGGAGUGCUGGUGAACGGAGUCAUGGCCGACACUCUGGGACGCCAGCAAGCGACUGUCUCCGGAGUCUUCGUCUUCCUCGUUGGCGUGAUUGUCCAAGCUUGCGCGAAGAACGUUGACUAUAUCUUCGCUGGGAGGUUUGUCACUGGUAUCGGUGUUGGUGUUCUGUCUAUGAUCGUUCCUUUGUACAAUGCGGAAUUAGCACCUGCAGAGCUUCGCGGAUCCCUAGUUUCCCUUCAACAGCUGGCGAUUUGCUUUGGCAUUCUGAUUUCGUAUUGGAUCGGCUACGGGACCAACUACAUUGGCGGCACCGGCUCCACACAGAGCAAUGCAGCCUGGCUGAUUCCCAUCUGUCUUCAAAUCGCGCCUGCUAUCAUUCUGGCUGUGGGAAUUCUUUUCAUGCCCCCAAGUCCCCGCUGGCUCAUGGUCCAGGGACGUGAAGACGAGUGUCUUGCAGUGAUUGCGAGACUUCGUGGGCUACCCAGUAGUUCCGAGCUCGUGCAACUUGAGUACCUCGAAGUCAAGGCACAAGAUCGAUUCGAGAAGGAGACCUCUCUGGCCAAAUUCCCGCAAUAUCACACCCCAGGGCGGAUGAAUAAAAUCAAGCUCGGUUACCACGAAUACCUCAGCCUUCUCACCAACCGAUCUCUCCUCAAACGUGUCAUGGUCGCAGUGUUUAUCAUGGUCUUCCAGCAGUGGAGUGGUAUCAAUGCUAUUUUAUAUUACGCAGCGUUCAUUUUCAAGGACCUGGGCAUCAGCAGCAACACCACUUCUCUGCUCGCUGGUGGAGUUGGCGGCAUUUUGCUCUUCCUUGCCACCAUCCCAGCUGUCCUCUACAUCGACCAACUGGGUCGAAAGCCUGUUCUCAUCACCGGCGCCAUCGGUAUGGGAGUGUGCCACCUCGUUGUGGCGGGGCUGGACGGCGCGUACAAUACGAGCUGGAAGCAGCACGCGGCUGCCGGGUGGGUGGCCGUCGUCUUUGUCUGGCUUUACCAGAUGAAUUUCGGUUACUCGUGGGGACCCGGUGCGUGGGUCUUGGUGGCCGAGGUCUUCCCAUUGGGAGUGCGAGCAAAAGCAGUGUCGAUUGGCGCCUCAUCAAAUUGGCUGAACAACUUCGCAAUUGCCCUGGCGACUCCGAAGAUGGUGGAGAAGAUGGGCUAUGGAACCUUCAUCUUCUUCGGGGCGAUGUGCUUUAUUGGGGCGGCCUUUAUCUACUUUGCCGUCCCCGAGACCAAGAACCUGACUCUGGAAGAGAUGGACGAGGUGUUUGGUGAUGAAGCUGGCAAUGCGAUCGAGGACCGAAACCGUCUUCUGCACAUCUACACGGACCUUGGUCUGAUUGGCUCAGAGACUCCCAUUGAGAAAGUUGAGAAUGUCGAGUUCGAGGCGAAGUAA